AUGGACCCGCGCCGCGCCUACAUGGAGCUGGUGGCGCUGGACAAGCAGCUUCGGGAUCUUCUGCGUGCUAACCCACUCAACGCCCAGGACGCCAACGCGCUGCGACGCCGGCUCAUGGACGUCGCCACGCGGCUGGCGAACGCACACCCGGCUUUUGCAGCUAAAAAGGAGGUGGAGCAGGCGUUGUGGAAACCCUGCUUCUAUCGCCGCAUCGAGGACUUCCGUCGGCGCAUCCGUAAGUACGCGGCGGCGGCGCAGGGGGACCGCAACGUUCGCGAACACUUUGCGCGCGUGUCGAGCGAGUUUCAGCAAUUCCUGACCGAUUCUGCAGUCUUCUACGCGCACUUGAGAGACGUGUUCGCCUCCUUGCAUCGCUGCUAUGUGUUUCUAGGAGACUUGGCGCGUUACCGAGAGUUGCACAGUCAGAAAGCCAAGAAGAACUUUGCAGCAGCCGAAGCGUUGUACCAUCGCGCGUUGGCUGUGCUGCCGGAGAAUGGCAAUCCGCACAACCAAUUGGCCGUAUUGGCCACGUACGUGGAGGCGGAGACCGUGGCGGUGUACCGGUACUGCCGCAGUUUACUGACCUCCCAGCCGUUCACCACGGCGGAGGAGAACCUUGCUCUGCUAUUUGAACGUAGCCGUCAACGUCCAUUGGCUGCGCCGAUCACGUUUACCGUGUCGUCGUCGCCGUCGUCCAAGGAGAAGUCGGCGUUCUUGAAGAGCUACUUGCACCGUCUCACGCGUAUGCAUGGCAUCUUGUUUGCGCUCUCGUCGCCGCGUGGAUCACCGACAGCCUCGUCCGGUACUCGCAGCAACAGCGAGACAGCCACGCCAGUGUACCCACGAGACAUGGAAGCGGUUUUGUUUAAGGACAUGAGGACGCUGCUGCAGGCAGGUGUAGUGGGCGACGCGUUGCUACUGAAGAUCAUGGUGAUAAACAUCUUCUGCAUCAGUCGAGCCUCGGACUCGCGCUCGCCAAGCGCCCCGCUUGAAGAUGCGCUUCGUCUGUCGAUUCGAACGCUUACUAGCGUCAUGGAGUUUCUUUUGGACACUUUGGACACCAAACCGGCGGCGAAUGUGAACGGUAAAGCGCCGAAGGACUCCGCACCCUCGACGUUUCGACUUGCAGGCCCUGUGACCGUCUUUUGUGACUAUUUGGAGCUGCAUCCGGAGAUGUUGGAGCAGCUGGAAGAGUUUUUGGUGCAUCGCCAAAAGAAACUCUACAGUGACGUGGCAACGAGUGGCCAGGGAACCGGAGCGGACCAGUUCGCUUCAGUGUUUCUUGAGACGCUGGCUAAACUUGCCAACCACGCUCGUAUUCGGGAGCUUUAUGCCCCGUUGCAGCAGCAUUUGCUGAAAGAAAGUCUCGAACUCCGCGGUUUUGCACCGCUGGAGCAGGACGGAGUCAAGUCUACGAGGCAGGACGAAUGGACGCUCCAGACCACAGCUACAGGAGCGAAUAGUGCGUCGCAAGUGACGUCUUUGGCGGACGCUGAAGCCGCAAAAGUUCGUGCUUGGAAGCUGUAUCAUUUCGCUCGCUAUUUGUGCGAUGGCUACGAAGGAAACCCGCUUCUCUUCUGUGGAGCGUCGGGGCAGUUCACGACUUCGCCUGUCGUCGGCAAAGAAAACACGCAGCAGGAUAACGGCACGCCAGGCGCGUUUGCUUCUCUGAAUCUCGGGUUCCUAUCACCCGAGAGCAGCAAACAACAGCAGCAUACGCAGGCACAAGGCGCUUUCGGCAAUGGCUACAGUGCUGGAACUGGUGUGGAUGAGGACGACGACUUUGACGACGAAGUGAUCGUGUUCCAGCCGUCGCCAGCGCUAAGAGGCAUGUCAGAGAGCCAGUCUACCAAGCAGUACGGAGGGUACGCUCCUUCUCCUUUGGAAUCGCUAUCUGGUGGAGGCGCAUUCAGCCUUCGCGCUCCGAGUCCAAUCUCACCUGCUGAGGAACACGGACGAGCCAGUAUCAACAGCCAAAGUGGUGCGUUUGGGGCUGGCAACGGCUCGUUUGGUGCGUCGCUGGGUUAUCCUAGCUUCAACACGUUUAACGAUGUCGGCAGCUUGUCCAGCCAAUCUCUGCUGUCAGGAUGGGGAAACAGCAGCAGCAAUAACACCGGCGGCAUGUUGGGAUCCAACCUGGGCCUAGGUCUGGGCAUGGCAUUUAACAGCAGCAGUGGACAGACUACGGACUUUAUGGCGCCUACUGCAACCCCUGGAGGCUUAAAUGGUCUUGGAUUGGGUGGCGAAAGCCGAGCCUUCGCCCCAAUGGCAGACCUGGCAGCGAUAGAGCGCGAGUCAGCUCUGUACCAGCAGAGAUCUUCGAGCUUGAGCGCGUUUUUGGGCUCGUCGACGCCGUCGACCCAGACUGAGACGCAGGACCCGUCGCCUCCACGGAUGCCCACGCGUCCACCCCCAGGGUUUGCAGCUGCCCCAACGAGCGCCCAGCAACGUCAGCAACAAAUGCCGAACUCGUUUCCCAACCCGUAG